AUGCAAAAUUCAUCGGCUAAAAACUCACAUUCGUAUCGAAAAGUUGAUGAUAUUGAACGAGAAGUAAUAAUUGGUUUAACCGAAACAUUCAAAAAUUUAGCACUAGCAAUUGCGAAUUAUAUUCGUCAGUCUGGCACUAAAUAUGGAGAACUUGGCUUCUAUUAUCAAGGAUUAGCCUAUGCUUCUGCUCGGAAACGAAUUUAUGACAUACUGAAAAAUGCUGCAAAAAGUGUAGCUGUUGAACGUGUUCAAGAUCCCUUAUGUUUUCAAGCACGAGCAACAGAUAAAUUCGAUUAUGUUGCUUCUUCAGACGGUAUAGAAAUUGAUGACGAUGAACGUAAUCAAGUAGUUGAAGAACUGCUUUUAAAAUAUGUUAGACAAGGAGAACAGUGUCAAAAUGAAACAACACAACAAUCACAAUCAACGAUUAACAUCUCAACAUUCGAUCCUUCACCUGUUGAUGCUACAUUACCAGGAAACAACGACUCAACACUAUCCGCUGUCACAUCAACGGCAAUACUUACGUCGAAUCAACCUAAUUCACUUAAUGUUAAUUCACUAUGGUCUAUGUUUACGUCAUUUGUAUCAAAUGUGGCAGACAAGGCUAGUACACAAAUACCAUCAAGCCCUGCAUCAUCAGCAAUUAAUAUUGAUAGUUUAAUACCGUCAUCAUCCUCAAUUCAACCAUCUAAAAUACUUGGUGAUCGUCGUUGUGCACCUAAUCGUCAAACAUUAGAUCAUUUAUCAUUGGGUUUAGACGAUAUUGAAGAUUAUUCACCGUCUCAUGGUCCCCUUGCAAAACGUCUUUGUAUUCGGCCACAACAGAAUAAAACAUCAAAUUUGAAUCGACAAAAACAUGCUCGACCACCGGCAUCAUUUUCAAAACCUUCGACAAAUAAAAAUGUCUUAACAAAUUCUCAAGUUAGCUUUGAUGACAAUGACGAAGAAGAAGAGAUCUCUCUAACAGUUCCAACGAAAAGAGAACGUCCAAUAAGUACGUUCGAUACGAGUGGAAUGAGCGACAACGAUGAUGAUAACAUUUUAGUUAAAAAACGAGUACCGCUCGUUACCCAAACAACCAACACAUUAACAAAUCUCAAUAAACUAAUUGCAAAAUUCGACAAAUGCCCUGACUGA